UCUUUAUAAAUAAGUAUAAAAUGUCUCAAGUACCGCAACAAGGCUUGGUGCCAGAAAAACCACAGGAGUUCAAUCGCAGGGCAUCUCAAGAUAUGACAGACUCAACAGCUCCACAGAAGAGCCAGCGAUCUCUGGAAGCGACUCCUAAGAAGGAGCCCACACAAAAUGGCUCUGAUAAAGUAAUUCACCAAAACGAUAAAGCCCACCCAACGAAAUUAGAAGAGAGGAAACAUGACACAAAUUUCAGUCCAGCCCGCUCAAGUCAUGAUAGCAAAAAUCCGUUUUCGCCACAUUUCUACAGGAGUAGCAGACCUCAUGGACAUUUUGAGAUGGGUCCUCGCGGUAUAGACUAUUCACCGCACAGAAUGGGCAUGGAUUUCUCCAACCGCUUGAGAGAUUACGGUCCUCAACGAUCUACAUCUAUCCACGGACAUGAGCUUACAGAUGGUCCAAUGAAACCCGAAUAUUUGGGUCAUAGAACCCAUUUCGGCAGUCAAUUGGGUAUGGCACACCCAGAUGUGGUUUUUAGACAUGACUAUUAUAGUCAAAUGGGGUACUCUCCGCCUCGAGCUUCAAGAUUUUCAUCGCAGGAGUAUUUGAAUGCUCCAACUCAGUACGGCAGGUGGCCAGACUAUCGGGCUGAUUAUCGUCACAGACGGCGAUCUCAACAGGAUCUACCUUCUAUGGAACAAAGUCCAGAAACAGUUACUGCUCUGCGCGAACAUUGGGAUGAGGCGAACGCACGCGUUCUUCAGCGUAAGGCGCAACUGGACGCGAUGCUCGGCGAUUCGCAGCGAUACGAGGCGAGGCGGCGCGAUGCGGACGCGUGGCUGACUCGGAUGGAGUCCCGCCUUGGUGGUAUGGCGCCUCCUGGCCACACUGCUGAUGUACUGGAGAUGCAGCUGAGGGAACAAAAGUCAUUCCAUGCUGAAGUACAUCAAUACAAGCAUCAAAUUGAGCUGUUCGGGCAGCUGACACAACGCCUCAUAGCAGUCUACAGGAACGAUGACACGACACGCAUCAAACGAGCCACAGAGGCCAUCAACCAUAGAUACAAUGAGCUUAAUAACAGUAUCAUAGCUCGAGGCAAGGCACUCCACUCUGCGGUGUCGUCGCUGCAGAACUUUGACCGUUCCUUGGAGAAGUUCGUGGGUUGGCUGAGCGAAGCGGAGUCCAUGCUGGAUGCUGCUGAGAGGGAUCCACAUCUGCUUAAGGAUUUGCAAUCGGAGAUCGAGACCCACCGAGAUGUGUACGCGUCACUCACCGGCACGGGGCGGAGGCUGCUCGGCUCCCUCUCGUCGCAGGAGGACGCCGUCAUGCUGCAGCGGAGGCUGGACGAGAUGAAUCAGAGAUGGCACCAUUUGAAGGCGAAGAGCAUGGCUAUAAGAAAUCGUUUGGAGAGCAACGCUGAGCACUGGUCGGCGCUACUAUUAUCAUUGCGCGAGCUCACAGAGUGGGUGAUCAGAAAGGAAACGGAGCUAAACGCACUAGCGCCACCUCGCGGCGACUUACAAGCUCUACUCAAACAACAGGAUGACCAUCGAGCAUUCAGACGUCAGUUAGAAGACAAACGGCCAGUGGUCGAAAGCAACCUGCUCAGUGGUAGACAGUACAUAGCAAACGAACCGCCGCUGUCUGAUACCAGCGAUACUGAACCGAGCCGUGAAAGUGAAGGCGAUUCAAGAGGCUACCGCUCGGCAGAGGAACAAGCUCGCGAGCUUGCUCGAUCGAUCCGGCGCGAGGUGGCCAAGUUGGCGGACAAGUGGAACUCUUUGGUGGACAGGAGCGACGCGUGGGGAAGAUGUUUGGAUGAUGCUGUUCAGCGCGUGCGCACCUUCACGACAUCUCUGGAGGAGCUGGCCAGUCGCGUGCAAGCUGCAGAAACAGCUCGCUCCUCGUGGCGAGGACCCGGCGAUGCCAGGGAUGCGCGCGCGCAGCUCGACGCGGUGUCGCGUGCGCGUGCGCAGCUUCCACCCCUCAGGAGACUAGCUGAUGAACUGCACCAACAAGCUCAAACACUUGCCAGGGACAAGAUACAGCUGCCGGAGCAUCUGCUGGCGAGACUGGAUGAUUUAAAUACAAGGGUGGGGGCGCUGUGCGCGGGUGGCGAGGAGCGCGCGCGGCAGUUGGCCGGCGUGGCGCGGGACGGCGGCGCCGGCGCCGCGCAGGGCUUCCUCGCUGGCUCCGUUGACGCCCCGUGGGAGAGGGCAGUCACUCCUGCCAACGUACCCUACUACAUCAACCACGAAUCUGAAACGACACACUGGGACCAUCCGAAAAUGAUCGAUCUCAUGAAUUCCCUCGCCGACCUGAACGAGGUUCGAUUCUCGGCGUACAGGACGGCGCUCAAGUUACGGACCGUACAAAAGGAAUUGUGCAUGCACAUGCUACAACUCCCGUCUGCACUUGAAGCGUUCGACUCACAUGGACUGCGGGCGCAGAACGACCGCCUCAUAGAUAUACCGGACAUGAUCACCGUCCUCACAUCUCUGUAUGAGAUGAUAGCCGGCGAAAAUCCAAGUCUGGUGAAUGUACCACUAUGUCUGGAUCUGUCGAUCAACUGGUUGCUCAACGUGUACGACAGUCAGCGGACCGGUCAGAUUCGAGUGCUGAGCUUCAAGGUCGGCCUGGUCUUACUUUGCAAGGGACAUUUGGAAGAAAAAUACAGAUAUUUGUUCCGUCUGAUAGCCGAUCCGUCGUGCCGAGCUGAUCAGAGGAAGCUUGGUCUUCUUCUUCACGAUUGUAUACAGGUUCCACGCCAAUUAGGAGAAGUGGCUGCUUUCGGUGGAUCUAACAUCGAGCCUUCAGUGCGGAGCUGCUUUGAACAAGCCUCUGCUGGUACCAAGGAAGAGAACAGGGGAGGCACUCUCGACAGGAAAUCUGUAGACAAAGAGAAAGAAAAAGAAGACGCAAAAGAGAAGACUCUAGAACGCGACGCAGACGGUCAACUGCAGUACAUAGAAGCAUUCCACUUCCUACAGUGGCUACAGAAGGAACCCCAGUCCAUGGUGUGGCUGCCGGUACUACAUCGUUUGGCGGCCGCUGAGAAUGCCAAACAUCAGGCCAAAUGCAACAUCUGUAAAGAGUACCCCAUUAUUGGAUUCAGAUAUCGCUGCUUGAAGUGCAUCAACUUCGACAUGUGCCAGAAGUGCUUCUUCAGUGGACGCAAGGCCAAGAACCAUAAGCUGACACAUCCCAUGCAAGAAUAUUGCACUACCACGACACCAGGAGAGGACGUGCGUGACUUCACGCGGGCCCUACGCAAUAAGUUCAAGUCGGCCAGGUACUUCAAGAAGCACCCACGCGUCGGAUAUCUGCCCGUACAAACCGUUCUUGAAGGAGACGCGCUGGAGUCCCCGGCGCCGUCGCCGCAGCACGGCGGCGCGGGCGCGGGCGGCGCGGGCGGCGCGGGCGGCGUCGACGACAUGCACUCGCGCCUCGAGCUGUACGCCACCAGGCUCGCGCAGGUGGAGCGCGGCGCGCGCCCGCCCGACACGCCCGACAGUGAUGAAGAACACCAGCUGAUAGCUCAGUACUGUAUGUCGCUGAACGGCAGCGGCGGCCCUGGUGAUGGCGAGGAAGCUCCUCGUUCACCAGUGCAGGUCGUCUCCAUCAUUCACCGGGAGCAGAGACACGAACUGGAAGCUAUGAUAAGAGAAUUGGAAGAAGAGAACGCUACUCUGCAAGCCGAAUAUGAGCGUUUGAAAGCAAAACAAACACCCGGCUCCACGCCUGAGGAACAACUGAGCGUCAGCGAGAACCGAAAUGCCCCUGUUGACCAAGAUAUGAUGGCAGAAGCUCGCUUGUUGAGGCAACAUAAAGGCCGUUUAGAGGCGCGUAUGCAAAUACUUGAAGAACAUAACAGACAGUUAGAAGCUCAGCUGCAAAGACUUAGAAGACUGCUUGAUGAGCCGCAAAGUUCACCACCAGCCCGCACUGGCACUCUGCAAACUCGAUCUGUGACCGCUUCUCAGCUCGCAACCGAUUCGCCAGCCAAAAUGCACAAUGGACUCUACCACGAGUCUCAAACCAAUGACUUGGGACGCGCUGUCGAAGAACUAGUAUCAGUUAUGACUGAGGAUCAACAAAAUCAGACGGCGAACUCUCCUCCACAAUAUACCAACGGAAAACCAGCUAGCAAGGAAUAACGAAACGCCGUAAUAUGCAUAAACAACGCGCAUAAGGUGGUGCUUAUAGCGGGAAUACUGCAUUGUUACAAAUUGCAACGCAGUCCGCUUCCAAAUGAUUUUUCGCACUAGCAACACUGUUUGAGACCAAAGAAUACUGCUUGAAAACUUUCUAUAGCAUUGUAUUGUAUAAAAAUGCUAUAUUAUAUACUUCUAUACUAAUUUUCGACUCAUCACUAACAAAUUCGCACUCUGUAACUACUCUACCUUAUUAUACAAAAGCUUUAACAUUUCAUUCAUUAUUUUCUAACCAUCAGGCUUCUCUAACUGGUUCGGGCGCGGGAUAUACACUUAUAUAAUUGGAAGCCUGUAAAGGACCAGCUAAAUAGAACUACCCAUGUGCAUCUCGGUUUAGUUCAUGAUAGCUGUCGGUAAAAAUAACGAUUAUCGUAUGCAACGCUUAUUGUAUAAAUAAGGGGAUGCCAUUGUUGCAGUACGUAUCGUGAUUGAGUCAUUCUACUAUCUACUAUAUAUUUUCAUGGGGCAACACCACUGUAUCUUCUAAUUGUGUCCCGGUCUCAGGCAGUGUUGCCAGGACGACGCUAUCCAACGAAAAAGACAUCUAACGAGCAUUUAUAUUUAGAAAUUGUACCAAAAUCGUUAAACAUGUUAAAAACCUUACAUUUAUUAAUCAUUUACGUACAUAUCUUAUUAGUACAAUCUCCAUUAUGUAUCAUAUCACUUCUUGUAAAUUUUCAUAUCAUUUUACGCUGUAUGUAAACAUACUGACAAGUGUAUAAAAUAUCACGAUAAAAAUGCACCGUCUACAAUUGUUUGAGCUAAAACAAAUAUUGGAGACGAUCAUAAUCGUUUGUGAGACAGCUUAAACGAACAAGGAGCAGCAAGCUUUAAUAGUAUCACAGUUAGCUUUAAAAACCAUGUUUUGAGACAUUUUUGCAACUGGCAAUGCAGCCGAACAUUUGCUAUGAUCCAACGAUUGGAGCCUACGUUUUAGUGGAAAAUUUAUUGUUAUAUUAGUGAUCUACAAUCUUCAAUACGAUGUAUGCCAUCUUUGUGGCCGUAGUUAAAGGAUGCGUUACCCAUUUUGCGCGUAGUGUAGAUGUAGCCAAACCAAUAUGAAGCAUGUUACUUAUAUGCAUGUUUGUCUAUGUUAUAUAUUAUCGAGUUAUCGAAUGUAUUGUUAGAAUCUAUAUUACUAAUCAAGCUGCUUCUACGCAAGGUAGUGUGACCGUUUCAUUUCCUUCUGCCUCCGUGUUCCGGACUGUCAGAAAUCAGUGUUGCCAGAUUGUUUUGGUAGGAAUGGUAGUAAUUGAGGACCAUUGUAACAUUUUUUGUAAUUUUUCUUAAUAGCAAACAAGUGACAGUAAUGCGUGUACGUUUUAAUUUGUAAUUGUACGAGUAUUAGUGGAUUAUCCAGAUAACUGGAGAUCUGGCAACACUGGAUUAGUAGAAACUCUUCUUAGACUAAUGACAUGUAUCCACAACUUUUUCACUAUUACAACGGCAUGAAGACACAUUUUUACUUAGUAUAAUAUUGGAUGUGACGAUUUUUAUGUCCCAUUCUAAUGUUUCGAUAUUUUGUAACGUGUGUCUAGUAAGAUGCUGCCUACCUUUUAGAUAAUAAUAUAUUGGAGAGAUGACUUUUAUACGAAUGUUAAGUAAUCUGUUGAAGCUAACUUUACGAUAAGGACUUCCGAUUUAACCAUAUCAUGGUUUUUUUUUAUAUAUAUUUUUAGUCGUCGUUUCGUAUUGAAAUUUUGACUGUGUUGUAUAUUAAACUUUUUUACUGGCAACACCUAUUGAAAUUUCGAGGCGAUGGCAUUUGUAUACUUAAUAUUUUAAUGUUAAUUUGGCUAAUAUAGUAUAUAAGAAAAGAAGCACAAUUAUAUUAUUUUAACGAAAGAAAAUUUUAAUUGAUUUACACUAAUAUAUUGUUAAUAAUUUUAUUGUAUUUGUUUAUUGAGUAGUAUGGGUAGUAUCGUUUAGAAAUCAUUUAUUAUUUUCAUUAUUGGCAACUAUAAAGUGUACUACUUGAGCAUUUAUUUGUAUAUUUUACG